AUGGAAACAGAAAUCACCUGUCAGGUCAUCAACCCCAAUGACGUCACUUUCCCCCUGAAGGGCGGAGAGAUGCUAGUGAGUGACGUCAUAGAGCUGGGACCGCACGGGACAACCCUACGCAAACCUGUCACUGUGCAGAUGCAGUACAGCAGUGCAUCGUCAGGUGGCCCUAGGGAUACUGCCGUGUGGGUCACCGAGGACAGGUCACAAUGGACGGAACUUAAAACCACUAAAGAAAGAAAAGGUAAGCUUGACGUAUCAGUGGACCAUUUAUCCAUCUUUGCCGUCAUCAGUCAACCUAAAAAGGACCGGUUUACUGUGCAUUCAGAAGGGUUUAAGCUGACGUCAUCAACACAGCCUUCGGUACAAAUCAGCUUCCCGGAACAGGCUGUGGACACAGACACACAAGUCAAACUAGAGGUGCAAGAAGUUCCAGAAAGGGCGGUUGACGAAAUCAAGGCUUCCCGCGGUCUUGUCGGCACGACCCCGAUAGUCAAGGUGGAAACUGUGUCUGACUCUGCAGUCAAGUUGCAGAAACCGGUCACAGUGCGAGUCCCACAUCCUCAACACUACAUGGACAUCCAACACGAGGGACCCACCAAACUGAGGGUGAUGUCACGAAAAGAAGAGGGAGAAGAUUGGAUAGAUGUGACCGAUGACGUAGAUAUUCAUCACACGCCACAGCUCGUGGAGGCUGCAGUGCAUCAUUUCGCAAGUUAUAUCGUAAUACUUGUUGACGACGAAUGCGGUGACCCAAAAGAAAUCGGCCAAACCAUGCUGGAACUCUGCGAAUGGCUUCAAAGGUUUGACGUUCAAUUCAUAGUACUACAGCCGGAGUCGCAGCCGAACCAAGUUCUGGUGCAGUGUAGCAAAGACACUGAGGCAGAGGAGAAGCAUGCACAGCUGCUACAGAAGGGGUACACGGGACUUGAACCAAGCGACACAGUAAGGCUGUUACAAGGUCAAAGGAUCAAAGUCAGCUUAGUCGGCAACGUGUCAUUUGCACCAAAUGACCAGGGCGUCACCGCCGACAAAUACAUCACCUUUCACAGUUACCGCAAAAAUCUUCGCCAAUUUGUGGUGAAAGCUGAAAAGGACCGAGGAGGUUUAGCAGGACAUGGCGUCGUUGCGUUUUAUGAGUUGCCCCACGUUGUCGUCACAAAAGAGAAAGGUGCGUUGGUUCGUCGCGCUCUCCAGGAAGGAGAACCUGGGGGAGAACUGAAGCGCCCACGCAAGCUGUGUGAGAUCCCCAUCCACGUGCCCUACAUGCCUUCGCCUCCUCACUCACCCACGUCUUCACAGAUUGUGACACCGCGUCCUGAAGACUUUGUCACCAGUACAGCAACUGAAGGUAUGAUCAUAGCAGACCUUACAGGAGUUCGCAAAUACUUCUUCUUCAUAAAGGAUAAUGUAAGCUCCAACUGGAAAGAUCUGUCCUUUCAUCUUGGGUUCAACGCAGCAGACGAAGAUAACAUUGCCGGCAGAAACCGAGACGACAAGUCCCGCUGCAUGGACAUGCUGCAGGAUUGGCAGAAGCGGGAAGGAAACAAAGCUACCAUAGAGGUGCUGAUCGACGCCCUGGAAAAUGCAAACUUAAGGCUUGUUGUUGAUGGCCUCAGGGACGAGUUUCCAGAACUUCAGUGA